UGAGAGAUAGCUUAGGGUGGUGUGCUUUCUCUCAGUUCAACUUUCAUUGUUUCUGAUUUAAAGAGUGUUUCUUAUUCUUGUCAUCUUUCUGAUUAUUAUUAAUUAAUUUAAUUGUCUUUCUUUGUCAACCUCUUGUACUACUUUUAAAUAAUUCAAAAUGAUGAUGAUGCCGAACAUAACCAACCCCUUGAAACCUAUUCAAGUUUUAAAAGCUGGUGCCGAUGAGGAGAAAGCUGAAGCAGCUCGAAUUAGCUCAUUUGUUGGUGCUAUUACGGUUGGGGAAUUGGUUAAAACAACUCUUGGCCCUAAAGGAAUGGACAAAAUUUUAUUAUGUAGUACCAGUAGAAGUAAUAAGGUCGAAAUUACUAAUGAUGGUGCAACCAUUUUGAAAAGUAUUGGAGUCAAUAAUCCUGCUGCUAAGGUUCUUGUUGAUAUUUCUAAGACUCAAGAUGAUGAAGUCGGAGAUGGUACAACCAGUGUUACUGUUUUAGCCUCGGAAUUACUUAAGGAAGCAGAACAACUGAUAAAUAUGAAAAUUCACCCUCAAACCAUCAUUUCUGGAUGGAGACAGGCUGUGGUUGUUGCUCGUAAAGCUUUAGAGGAUAAUGCUGUCGAUGAUAGUGCUGAUGAGGAAAAAUUCAAGUCUCAUCUAUUAAAUAUUGCGCGAACAACCCUUAGCUCUAAAAUUCUUUCUCAACAUAAAGAAUUUUUCUCAGAGCUAGCUUUAAAGGCUAUUCUUAAGUUAAAAGGGUCAGGAAAUCUUGAUGCGAUUCAAAUUAUUAAGAAACCUGGUGGUACUUUGACUGAUUCUUUCUUAGAUGAAGGAUUUCUUUUGGAUAAGAAACCAGGAGUUAACCAACCAAAGAGAAUUGAAAAGGCUAAAAUCUUGAUCGCCAAUACUCCUAUGGAUACUGAUAAAAUUAAAGUUUUCGGUUCAAGAGUUAAGGUAGACUCUAUUGCCAAAGUAGCUGAGCUCGAGCUGGCAGAAAAAGAAAAAAUGAAAGAUAAAGUUGACCAAAUUCUAGCUCAUAACAUUAAUGUUUUUGUUAAUCGUCAAUUAAUUUAUAAUUAUCCUGAACAAUUGUUUGCUGACGCUGGUGUAAUGGCCAUUGAACAUGCUGAUUUCGAUGGAGUGGAGCGACUUGCUCUUGUAACAGGAGGAGAAAUUGUUUCUACUUUCGGUCACCCUGAUAAAAUAAAACUUGGUCAAUGUGACUUGAUCGAAGAGGUAAUCAUCGGUGGAGAUACAAUGCUCAAGUUCUCUGGCGUUCCUCUUGGUGAAGCUUGUACAAUUGUUCUUCGUGGAGCAACUGAGCAAAUUAUCGAUGAAGCCGAGCGAUCGCUUCACGAUGCCCUUUGUGUAUUAUCGCAAACUGUUAAAUUUCCUAAGAUCAUUUACGGUGGUGGUUCAUCUGAAAUGCUGAUGGCUAAUGCUGUUUCUAAACUUGCUGCAGAAACACCAGGUAAAGAACAGUUUGCUAUGGAAGCAUUCGCUAAAGCUUUACGACAACUUCCAACAAUUAUUGCCGAUAAUGGUGGUUACGAUAGUGCUCAACUUAUUUCUCAACUCAGAGCAAUUCACCAACAGGGUAAACACAGUUACGGAUUAGACAUGGAGAAUGGAGCUGUUGAAGAUAUGGCUAAAUUAAACAUUAUUGAAGCAGCUGUAGUCAAAAGACAAGUUCUCUUAAGUGCUGCUGAAGCCGCUGAAAUGAUUUUACGAGUUGAUAACAUCAUUAAAGCAGCUCCUCGACAACGUGACCCUGACCGUCGUGGCCACUAAUUUUAUGCCUAUUGAAUCAACCUUUCGUGGUCAGUUUUAUUUGGCCAAUGAACAGCAACAUAUAAAUAAUAACAACAAUCUUCACUUACCUUAAAUAACCUUGAUAUGCUUGGUGUGAAAUUAUAUUUCCACUGAUGGAACCUUAACACCUUAAUCUUUUUUAUUAAACGUUCGAACCAAAUUUUGUUGAAGAAGAAAAAAAA